ACAGUAAUGGUGGAAAGUGUACUUAGUAACUAUGGAGUCUGAAUAGCAAAUUUCGACUGACGUUUUCAUCGUUUCAAGGGGGUUCUUCGAUUUUUGUGUCAAGACAGCCAGAGAUGAUCAAAGAAUGCCAUCGGGGAAGGAUCGUAGCAAAGAAGAUACAUGGAAAGAAUCAGAUUUAAAGAAAGCCUUGAAGGAUGACAGAGGAAAGUCCAAAGAUGAAAGCAGAAAAUCCAAAGAGAGCUCCUCAAGUCGUAGGUCUGAGGACAAAAGGGAGCGAAAGGAUAAGGAUGAUGAUAGGAAGCGAAGAGGUCAUGAUGAGCUAGCCAAUGGGGACCACAGGAAAACAGAUAGGGACAGGGAUAGAGACAGAGGAAGAGACAAAGACCGAGAAAAAGAGAGAGGUCAUGAUAGAGGCAAAGAACGAGAUAGAGGCAAAGAACGAGAAAGAGACAAGGAAAGGGACAGAGAUAAAGACAGAGAAAAAGACAGGGGUCGGGAGAGGGACAGGGAGCGUGAAAAAGAAAGAGAUCGCACCAAAGACAGGGAUCGGGAAAGAGAAGGGGAUAGAGAAAGGAGAAAAAGAGACGAGGGCAGGGAUAAAGAAAGACCAAGGGACAAAGGAGAAGAUUAUGACAAAGAUAAAGACAGGUUGAAAGGUGGAGAAAGACGAACUGAGGAAAGAGGUGGACAUGCUGAUAGGUCAAAAGAUAGGAGAUCUAAAGAACAUGACAGAAGUAGGGAGAUGCGAAAAGAAAAGGAAAACGUUGAUAGAGAUCAUGAUAGGGAAAGAAGAAGAGAAAGAGAUACAGCAUUUGAGAAGACUAAAGAUGAAGAGAGGAAACGUGACAGCAGGGAACGACAUGGUGAACGUGACAGAAGUCGGGAAAGGACGAAAGAGAGAAGUUAUGAGGAUAAAGAGAGGGAUCGAAGAAGAGAAAAGCAAAAGGAAGGGAGGGGUGAAGUGGAUAGAACAGAAAGAAGCAGAGAUAGGGAUAGAAGCAGAGAGAGGAGGGGAGAUGUCAAAGAUCGGGAAAAAGACAGGGAACGACGAAAAGAAAAGGAAAGAGACAGGCUGGAUAAAGAAAAUAGAGAUUCUGAUAAGGAUGAAAGGAAGAGAAGUGAUAGACGGGAAAAGGAAAGCAGAGAUCUUGAUAGAAGAAAAGAUCGGUCAAAGAAUGAGGAAUCUAGUAGUAGAGAAAAAGAGGACAAAAUUAAGAGAAGAGAAAAAGAAAUGAUUGAAGCAUUAAAAAAGGAAGAGGAACUGAAGAGGAAUCCUUUGAAGUUUAGAUCAGAUACCAUGGAAGAGGCAGAUACCAUAGAUGAAGAUGUUGAACAGCAACGAAAGACAUCUUCGCAAAGAUUGCCUUCCAGUGGUACAGUUGAGGAAGUCCAUGAGGAAGAAAAUGGUGGAUAUGACUAUGAUGAUGAUGAAUUUGAGGAUUAUGAUGAUGACUUUGAAGAUGAUGCAGAUGAAGAGGAAGACAAUGAAGAAGCAAGUCUGGAUGUGCAGGAUCAUGCGCGAAUGCAAGAGCUUCUACAGGCAAUACACGCUGAGAACCAGGAUGCAAGGACAUCAUCCAGUGAGGGAAAAGAAGAGAGAAAGGAACACUCAGAACCAAUAAAUAGAGAAAAAGUCCGUGCCACCACUGCCAGCCAUGGAAGGAUAAACUUUGUUGCUGCCAAACAGAAACAAAUCACUAAUCAAGUUGCUUCACGGACAAGAAAAAGGGGACAGGAGUUGAUGCACUUGAUCGACCUCGAUGUUGCAGUUUUUGAUAUUUUUGAGUUGCCACCUCUUAACGAAUAUGAGCUGUACAUAAAAAACUUUGGAAGAUCUGACACUAAACAGGCGUAUGUCCAGUACAAUGAAGAUAAUGUUGAAAAAGAGGUUCAGACUGAAGACAUCGAGACAAGAACAAAGUGGACGCAAAAUCCAGCGAGCGAUGCUGCUGGAUUUGGAGACGAGGAAGACGAUCAAGAAAAAGAUUUAUCCACCUUAGCAGAAAAGGCCAACAUCGACAGCUUAAGAUUGUCAAAAUUUCUUCAACGGGCUGCUCAGACUUGUUUGAUUAUAUUGGAAGAGAACGUUAGCGAGCAGACAAAUACUCAGUUUAAAGACAGAAAAGACAUGACGUGUAGUGAUGGAUUCAUUCAACUCGCUACUAAACACUCCUAUCUUGAAGGACGGCAAGUUACAUGUGUCCACAUAUCUCCAGUUCAAACAUACUUCUUGCUUACUGCUUAUGGUGCCGUGAAAGAACAGGGAAAGACUGCUUCAAAGGCUCAACCCAAUAUUCAGGAGAAGGGCAUUGUAUGUUUCUGGAACACCAAUGAACCCUCAGAGCCUCAAAAAGUGUUAAUCUGUGAAUCUACGCCGCGCUGCUGUUGUUUAAGUCCUUCAAAGGCGACUUUGGCAUUCGCUGGCCUGGAGGAUGGAUCAGUCGUAGCGUGGGACUUAAGAGAGUCUUCGUUGAUGCAUUCAUUUUCUAAAAUCUCCGUUGGAGACAGCGAGGUCUUCUUAAGGCCGCCAACAUUCAGCACAGCUGGAGUAUUGAGAAAGGAUGAAAGUCAUCUGAGUCCGGUCGUAUCGAUUCUACCCGUCGUCAUGCCUGGAGACAGACGUCUGUUGCAAGAGAUUUCAGCCGUCACGAGCGCAAGGGCUUCUGGGGGAACAAGUGUAACGUCAGAUGAUAUGUCAGGCUUAUCGUUUCAAUUAGCGUCGUUGGAAGAAAAUGCUGCCAUUAACCUCUGGGUUGUUGUGGAACUCGACAGAGCGAACGAUGCAGGCUCAGAAUCGGAUCUAGGUUUGUCUCCUGGAGGAAAAAUUAAACUCAUCAGAAGCUCUUCAAUAUCUCUUCACUCACCGUUCAGGGAUUUUCGUAGCGAGAUGAAUUUACAGUCGCUAAUAAUGAGGUUUUUACCUCAUGAUCCUAAUCACAUUUACGUCGGCACAGAUGGGGGUUAUAUUCUUCAUUGUGAAAGGCAUGGUAGCCGAGCUCCUCCAAAAGCACACAGACCUGCUAUUGAGAACUUAGUGAACGUGUCAGCUGUUGAUCUCUCUCCAUGGCAGUUGCCAUGUAUGCUGGCAGGAACAGAGGAUGGGAAUUUGUGGCUGUUUAACUUGAAGAACGAAAUACCGUUGUUCAGCUGGUCUACAUCCACGAAUGGGAAUGGAAUAAUAUCGGUGCAGUGGUCUCGAAGCAGGCCUAGUGUAUUUUAUGUGUUGGAUAUAAAUUCUAAUCUACACAUCUGGGACUUACUUAAAAGUGACCAAGGUCCAGUAGCCGUUGAGAAAUUCAAACAUGGACGAGUUGUAUGUUUUGAACUGUCUAAUGACUACUCAGCAUCCGGAAUUGGUAUUCCAGGAAGAAAUCCCGAAUUGGUCUUGGUGUUCGAAAGCGGAACGGUGGAAAUUCACAAACUCAGCAAAGCGUUCACCAGCGCGUCUGGUGAAGAACUAGACUCAUUUGCCACAUACCUUGAUACAGUCAUGUAAAUCUAAAUCCAUCCAAGUCAAAAUAAUCAAUUGUAGUCAAAGUUGAUAUCUUAGUUUUCAGCGCAAUUUGAAACAAAUUUGCUGCCUACUUACUUUGCACCACCCAGAAAGAAUUCCUUAUACAGAAAAUCGCUCGCCGGCUCGAAACCUUUGGGCCUCAUUGCUUCUUCUGUAGCACCCAUGAGAGCCGACCAGCAGUCUUUUACUCAUAAGCGAAAAGAUUCUGCAACAUACUUUACCAUAAUGUGGAUAUCAAAACGUAAUUUAAAUUAUAUCACGUGUUGUAUUUGUAUUUAUUUGCCAUAUGAAGUGGUGAACAUGUUAUACGUUCGUAGUUACUGUUGAUUAAACACGAUAAUUGAUGACCAUGUCA